AUGUCAAUGGAAAACGAAGAAAUGGAAUGGGAACAUGAUGAAUCAAUAAUUGUUUCAUCUGUUACAGAUGACAACAAUACUUCUCGGCCUUCAAGUUAUUUGUCAUUGCUUACUUGUUGUAAGUUUGUGAUUGAAAUAAAUCUUAAUAAUUAAGUAUAACAUGUAUAUAAUUUGUUUUAUGAUAAAUCUAAUGCCUAACUUGCUGUGUCGAUUAUAUUUUGUGUGAAUUUGUUUGAUUAAUUUAUAAUCUCAAUAUUAUAUAUCUGGCUUCUUACAGCAUCAUUAUCAUCAAGAACAGGAAAUCCAUCAAAAACAAGUUUUUUUUCUGUAAUUGAUUCAAAUUAUUCUUAUGAUACAGCAGUGGAAGUAAGAUUUAUUUUUAGUAUUAUUUAAAUAUAGGUACCUAAUUUUGUUUUUGUAUGUAUUUAAAUUGCCAAUUGUUUUAUUAUUAAUUAUUUUUCUCAUAAAGGUUAUAUUAAAUGAAUGGGUCAAGAUAUUUAAUGAAAAUCCUAAAAAUGGUACAAUUAAGUUAUUUACUGUUGUAAUUAAAUGUUUUGAUGUCAAUGUUUAUGACAGUGCAUUUACUGAUUUUAAUUCUAGUGUAAUGUAUGCAAGAUUGUUAAACUGUUUUAGGACACAAGUAUGUUAUUAAGAAGCAAAUAUUAUUCACAAUUAAGCAUAUUAAAUUAAAUUAAAUUUUAUAGGCAAAUACUGGUUUAUUGCUUACUCCAGAAACUAUAAAAAGAUCAACAGAUAUACAAACAACUUUGAAUUUAUUUACUUUAAUUUAUCGUUUUCAUUACAAUCUAUUUUUUUCUAAUGAUACCCAUAAGGAAUAUUUUAUAUUUUUAAGAACUAUUCUUAUUAAAAUUUCUCAAUGUGAAUUUGUCGGACCUAGACUUCUAGCUACAAGUUUUGGUAUAAUAAUAAAUAUCUUUAGCAAUUAUUAUUUAUUACAAUGCUUAUUAUUUAGGUUUGAAAAUAAUAACUGGUUUGACACAGUCCAAUAAUUUAAAAUUUGUACGUGAUGAACUCAACAUAUUGUUGAAAGAGUUUUUUAUAAAACGUUUGAAGUAAGUUAUUAUGGCAAUGGCAGAUGACUUAGUUUAUAUUAAUUUGUUUUGUUUCAUUUUUAGAGAUACUAAAAGUAUUUUACGAGAAACUGUAUUGUUAGAAUUGGGACUUUGGAUACAGAUUGAUUCUAAUUAUUAUCUUAAUGAAUUUUGGAUGUACAUUUAUCUAGCAUUAGGAGAUCCAAGUACAAGUUUACAAAGUUUAGCUCUAAAGGUUUAUAUGUUAUAUUUUAAAUUUAAUUAAGUAAUUUAUUAGGUAUGAUUAAUUAUUUGAUACAAUUUAAAAUGUAUACAAUUAUCUAUUAGUUAAAUUUAUAUAUCAUAUACCUAAGUUAUAUAUUUCUUGUAUUAAUAUUUUUUAGAUAUCCAAAAACGUAUUAAAUAUGAAUGAUUAUUUUCCUAAUAUAAACCUUUUUAUUAAAGAAAUAAUUAAUGUUCUUUGUAAUCUGAUGUUAUCAAAACAUGAAGAAGUGGCAAUUUCUGCUAUUGAUUUAUGCUCUGCAUUACCAAGGUUUCUAUUUGUCAAAUAAUGCAUAUUUUAAAAAAAUAUGUUAAUUUUAUUUUUAAAACAAUUUUAGUGCAGAUGUAGAAGACGAAGAACAAUUUAAUAAGAUGAGGCAUAUCGAGUCAAUAGCUCUAGAACUCAUGUUUUCUAAAAAUUUUAAUAUUGCACAAUUUGCUGCUAAAUGUUUUGUGAAAAAAAUGGUUUAUCCAGAAAAAAAUUUAUUUGAACAAUUAAAAGUUAUUUUAACUGUGGUACGUGGUAUUCCUAUACACGUGAGACCAAUUGGAUUUUCCUUUUUUGUAGAUGCCAUUUUUGAUUUAUGUCCUGUACUUAUUAAUUUUAAAUUAAUAUCUCAAAUAUUAACUUUAAAAGAUUAUAUUGAUGAUAUAGAUAGAUGUAACCUUAUGACUUUGUUAAUGUAUGCUGUUAAACAGCUAAUUACUGGCAUUAGGUCUGAGCAUAAAAUUGCUUGUAUGGGAGACCAUAAUGAUGUAAGUUUAAUUCAUUUUAAUUCAUAUUUUUUAUUAAUGACUACUAAAAACAGACUAAAUGUAAUGUUUAUUUAAUUUGAAUAAUAUAUUUAAAGUAAUUUUCAAGAUAUUAUUUUAUACAAUGUAAAAUAAUAUUGUUCUUAAUCACAACCUAUAUUUGCUUGCAAAUUAAUUAUAACUCAGAAAUCGGAAAUUCUAUUGAAUUUUGAAUUUUGUAUUAAUUGUGUUUAACUUGAAAUGAUUUUGUUGGUUGGAUUAUGUUGAAUUGACAAUUUAAAAUUAUUGAAGUAAAAUUAAGUUUUACCAAAAUAAAUCUCGACAAAUUGUUUUUAUCAAACAUUAUUCAAAUUAAAUGGAAUUAAAUAAGUAUAUUAGAUGUUAACCAUAUUUUGUUAUUGUAACACUCAACAUGAGUACUAGUGCUAAUAUUCACUAUUUAUUACAACUUUGUAUUGAAUAAAUGAGAUUCCAGACAAAACAUUUAAAUAUAAUAAUUGUCUCCGUGUAUUUGGUUAUUUUUAGACUUUACAAUUACACAUUAAUACAUCUAAAAAGAAAGAAUUCACUACUUAUGUAACUAUGCAUUUGUUAAAUCAGUUUAAGCAAUGUGAAGAUCCUACACAUGCAUUUUCAUUAUGGGUUUUACUUCAAUUCAUUGAUUUUAAUAUGCUUCAAGAUAAAAUGGUAGAUAAAAUAAAAAAAUAUUUUAAAAUAUCUAUAAUUUUUAAUAAUAUUAAUAAUUAUUAAGGUAGAGGACAAGAUAAGUAAUGACAAUAAAUAGUGAUAUAAUUGGCAAAUUAAGAAUUUUAAGUACUUGGGAUCGUUUGUACAAAAGAACAAUGGCUUUGACGAGAAUGUGAAACAUAGGAUUAAGUGUAGUCUGAUAAAAUUGAAAGAAACUUGAGGUGUUUUAUGUUAUAAGAAAAUUUCAUAGAGACUUAAAAGUAAGUUUACAAGAGUUUGGUCAGACCGACUAUAUUUUAUGGUUCAGAGUAUUAGGUGGUAGACAGGUAAAUAAAACUGAAUAAGUAUAGAUGAGCGGGAAUGAGAAUACUUAGGUAGAUCACUGGAGUGACAAGAGAAAAUAGGGUAAGAAAGAAGUAUUUAAGAGGUAGUAUAAGUAUGACUUUGAUAGUGAAUAAAAUGAGAGAAUAUAGAUUGUUUGGGUAUGUUAUGAAGAUAAUCAAAUUGGAAGCAAUAUAAAUGGUCAUGAAAAUAAACAUAUGAAGAAAGGGGAAGAGAAAGACGGAAAGAGAGCUGGUUGGAUGCAAUUGAGAAUGAUUGAAGAUGGCCUGUAUAUGCCAAUACGAUGUGGGAGAUAGAGUUAAGUGAAAUGUUUGGACAAGAGGGGUCAAUCUCAAAUAGUUGGUAUGAAGGCAAUUUAAUUGAAUUAGAAGUAAACUGAUAAUAUAUAUAUAUAACUAUUAUAGUGUUAAUCGGUGGUUCUUAAAUUGUCUGAAACACUUAUUGGUAAUUCUGUCUGAAGUUUCUUAAAAUGGUCCAUGGGAGACUCAGUUUUAUUGAAAACAAUUAACAUCAAAAGUUGCUUAUUGCACCAAAGAAUAUACUUAUAAAAGUUCGUGUGAUACAGAAGUUUAAGAACUGCUAUUGUAAAUCCAUACUAUAAUUUUCUCCUAAUAAUUUUUAUUUUUCAAAUAGAUAACUCCUGAUAUAUUUAAAUAUGCAUCUUCAUUUUAUCAUAAUUGUAAAAUUCCUACUAUCUUGGAACAGAUUUCAAAAUGCUUACAUAUUAUAAUGUUUGAUUUAAACAGUUAUGAGCAAAACUUGUGUUUAAAAUGUAUUAUAAAUAUUUCACAAUUGAAUAUGAACAUUUUAAUUGCUGCAAUUGAAAAUUCAUCUGAAACGGUAAUUAUUCUAAAUACAAUUCAAGUAUUUAUUCAUAAACGAAAAAAAAGUUUUAAAAAAUAAAAGUGUAAAAAGUAACAGUAUUUGAGAAUUAUAUUUAACUACUCAUUACUUCUUAUUAAUCAGUAGAAAUCUAUUUAAAUUAUUAUUAAGUUUUUUUUUUAACAUUAAUAAUAUUUAAAUAUAAUUUGCAAUAUUAUGUGCAAGAAUUAUGAAUUGAAUUAGAAUGUUUACAUCUUUUUUUUCAGGUUAGUAUGUUUGAUCAAGAAAAUGCUCUUAUUAAAAUAUGGUCUCUUGCAAAAUAUAAUCUUAUACCGGACGACUUAGAACCUUUGAAAUAUUUAUCCUACUAUGUGCCAAAUUUAAAUACCGCUCAAACCCAUUUAAUUGUUUCUGUAUGUUUCAAAUUUUAAUAUGUAUAUAAUAUUAAUAAUUUCUCAUUGUAAUAAUAUUAAAUUUUUUUAGGAAUAUGGUUUAAGGGCAUAUAUGGAAGUACUAAGAGCAAAAUUAACAAUGGCUAAAAAUUUAGAAAAUGAUUUCUCCAUAGAUCAGUCAUCUGAAAGUAUUAUAGAAAAUACAUUUGUCUCUUUUUUAAAUGCCAUGUUAAAUAUUCUACAGAAUUAUGAUCCUCUAGUUAUAAAUAUUUGUGAAACGGUAAAAUUUUUUAAAAGUAUUUUUAUGUUUUGCAAUAUGUAUAAUAUUUAAUAUAUAUUUAUGUAAAUUUUAGGCUUAUUUGAUUGUUGCUGAUUUAUUACGAAUUAAAUAUAAGGUUGACAAAACUAGUUAUGUACUUAAUGAUGACCAAACAAAGAUGUUGGCUAAUUUUAUUUUUUCUAUAUGCAAAAACUGUGGUACUUAUAAUAUGUGUAUAAUAUACAAGGUGUUUCUACAAAGAUAUACUCAAUGUGAUAUCUACGAAUAUAUUAAAGAUAAUCAAAUUCUGUUUUUUUUUAAUAUUACUCAUUGCGAUAAGAAAUACAAAUAAAUACAUAUAUAUAUUACAAUUAAUUUUUAAUGUUUUGGUAAAAAACUUAAAAAAAUUAAUUUAUAAGAUAGCCAUUUUAUAGUUUAUUUUUUUAAAACUUUGUGUAUCAACUUUUUAUUUUUAUUAAAUUUGUGAUUUUUAAAAUUUUUUUAAAGUUCAAAGAAAAUUACUGAUAAUUAUGCAGCAUGUUGUGAAUUAAUUGAAAUAUAAAUAUUUGUGGUCCUUAUACCAGUAAUUUAUAAAAAAAAAACUCAGAAUUUGAUUAUAUUUAUUAUCUCCAGAGAUAUUACAAUGGAUAUAUCUUUGUGGAACACUGUAUUUAAAUUAUAAAAAUAUUAAUUAAUUGGUUUUUAAGUCUAUUAAAGUUAGUUAUACACAUUUCUUCAAUAAACUUCUCAGUUUGUGUUUUGUGGCGAAUUUUGAAAUGUCCAUUACAGAUAAGUAAUAAUAUUAUCAAUUUUAAUAUAUAUUUUUUUUAAUUUUCAGAAGAUAAUUGUGAUUUGAAUACAUUAAAAUUAAUUGAAGUAUAUUUACAACUUGUACAGGACGGCCUUAUUGAUAUAAACAAUUUAAUUACUCUAUUACAAUUCAUAAAAAUGGUACUCUAUAUUACAUACCACAAUAUACCACAAAAGUCAAAUUACUCAUCUUAUUACAUUAUUUAUUAAAGGAAUUUGUUGAACAUGCACUUCGACCAAUUUUUAAUUUCUUUUGUAAUAAAGAAACUGGAAAUCAAUUAAGCCGUGUAAUCAAUUUAUAUUUAGUGUACAUGUUUGAAAAUAUUAUUUCUCAAAAAUCUGGAUUUAAAAAUUCUACCAUUAAAGAUUUAGUAAGUAAAUUAUCUUAAUUAAACAUUUUUUCUGUAUGUCUUAUUUGUUUAAUUUUAUUUAUGGUCCACGUGAACUCUGGACAAUGCAUCUAUUUUUAAGUUCUAGGAAUAUUAUCAUUUUAAGAAUAAAUUGUUCUAUUAUUCUUUUUUUAUUACAUAGCUAUUCGUAUUUUGUUUACUUAAAAAUGAAUUUAAAAUUUUUACCUUCCUUAAAAGUACUAAAUAAAAUUUAGAAUAUUUUGGUACAAAAUACUUAGGUACUUAUAAAUAUUUAAAUAUUUUUCAAAGUAUUUAUAAUCAAACUAAAAUUUGUACAAGUUGGGUAGACAGAAUGACAAAAGUUACUUCAAAAUUUCUAUUUUUAUAUCUAUUAGUAAUUACUUUAUGUAUUUUGUUAUAAGAUUAGUGUGGCUAAAAUAAUUUCUCAAUUGUUGGGGCAAUGUAAAGAUUCAGUUGGAAAAAGAUUAGUAUCAACAAAUAUUCAUCGACAUGGUAUUCAAUAUGCUAUGAGUGAUGUAUUAAACUAUCAAUUUAGUGAUUAUCCAUUCAAACUAUUUUUUUGGGUUCUGGCAUUCAUGAGCAAUACUUUAAUCCCAUUUGAUGCUCAACGUUUGUAAGUUAUUUAUUAAUUUAUUAUUUAUAUUUAAUACUAAUCAUUUUCUAUUUAUAGUAUCUUAUGAAUUAGUUUAAUUUUUAUUUUUUCAUUACACUUUUUAAUGUGAAAAACUUAAUUUUUAAUUAAUUAUAAUUUAUAAAUUAAUCAUCACUAUAAAAUAAUAUUCUGUAUAAAAAAUAAUUUUUUUUUUAGAGCUGAUUUUUUUCUUAAGAAACCAGUUGUACAAGAAUUAAUAACAAUUGGAAAUGAUCAUGUAUUGAGAUAUUUGUAUAAAUUACAGGAAAUAUGUAAAAAUGAAACCAAUUCAUUUCCUGGUAAGUUAGAAAUAUAAAUUGUUUAUUAAGAAGGUACAUAGCUAUUGUAUGUAUAUUAUUCUGAAAUGAUCUAUUGAACUGUAAAUAAUUAUUGUUGGUAGAUAGCUAAUUAUAUUAUAUUAGUAUUGUCUAUAAUGCCAUAUAAAAGCUAAUAUCUAUUUAUAUUUAGUGAACAGUGGUGUGUCAAGGAUUUUUUUGUGGAGGGAGUUGUGAUAAUAGUAAUAACAAUUAUUAAUAUUGUUUCACUUCAAUAUAAACCACGACUCAAAGUACAAACAGUUUUAAGAGUUUAAUAACAUUAAAUUAUAUUUGAAACAAAAUAUUAGAAAAUAAUAAACAAAGUACAUUAUAGUUAUUGAAAUAUAUGAAUAGGCCGAUUAUAGGAAUAGUUUGACAUACAUAGUGACAAAAAGAAAAUUCUAGAGAUACUAGAUACUAAGAUAAUUGUAAACAAAAAGUUUGUUUAUUUUAAGAAUGUAGUUAAAACUGGAGUAUACAAAAUCCAAAUGUAUAGAAAAUGGUCGGCUAUUUUCUAAUGGUUCGGCUCAUUAUUUUUUUUACUCGCAACACUAUUCAGUUUAACUGUGUUUGGGAUGGACUGACUAAACUAUUUUUCCUAACAAAAUUACAAAAACCUAUUGAUGGGUUAGCACAAAAAGUUACCUUAUUAAAUUAAUAAAAUUAUGUAGCAUUUUUAAGUAUUUAGAUUUAGACAGUAAAAGAGAAAACUUUGAUAAUUGAUUAUAUUAUGCGUACUCUUAAAGCUCUUAUACAUUUUAUAUUUUAAUCAAUUUAAUCAAUGGGUAUGUCCAAUUUUAACAUACACAUUAAAGAUUAUUAUUUUUAUCUAAUUAGGUACUAAUAAUAUGAAUUAAUGUUGUUGUGUAAAAAGUAACCCUUUUUGUUUUUAUAUUGUUUUAGAUGGAGCGGCUUAA